CAUACCAUGUGGGUCCACACUCUCAUUAAAUUCACCAAUGCAUGUCCACUUUCAACUUCAUCAUUCGAAUGCUCAAACUCAAGUGUGUAUAUAUAUAUAGGCUUCAUUUACUUCACAUUUCAUAUCACCAACGAGCAACUAAACAUUCUUAAAAAUAUUCUACAAAUGAUGUUGCUUUCUCCUAAGAUUAGUUUGAGUGUAGUCAUAGCCCUUUCCAUUGUAACCAUACUUUCAUAUGCAGAUAAUAAUACUGGAAUCUUGGAGGUUGAAAUUGAAGCCUUGAAAGCUUUCAAGAACUCCAUCACCCUUGACCCAAAUGGAACACUUGCUGAUUGGAUUGAAAUCCACCCUCAUUGCAAUUGGUCUGGCAUUCAAUGUGACCCUUCUUCAAGCCAUGUGAUCUCAAUUUCUCUGACUUCUCAGCAGCUCCAUGGAGAGAUUUCACCAUUCUUGGGAAAUAUUUCAAGCCUUCAGGUUCUUGAUUUAUCUUCAAAUUCAUUUACCGGCCAUAUUCCUUAUCAGCUAAGUCGUUGCACUCAACUCACUGUGCUUGGUCUCUUUGAGAAUUCUCUCUCAGGACCAAUCCCUCCUGAGUUAGGAAACUUGAAAAGAUUGCAGUAUUUGGAUUUAGGAAGUAACUUCUUGAAUGGAACCCUUCCUGAGAGCAUAUUCAACAUCACUUCUUUGUUGGGAAUUGCUUUCAAUAACAACAACCUCACAGGCACAAUACCAUCACACAUAGGCAAGCUCCUUAACCUUAUUCAGAUGAUAGGAUAUGGGAAUAGCUUGGUUGGGUCUAUACCUCCUUCAAUAGGGAAUCUUGAAGCUUUGCAGGCUCUUGAUUUUAGCCAAAACCAGUUAUCAGGUGUAAUACCUAAAGAGAUUGGAAACCUGACAAAUUUACAAUCCCUUCUCUUGUUUCAAAAUUCAUUGUCUGGUAAAAUCCCUUCAGAACUUGCUAAGUGUAAGAAUCUCUUAAACCUUGAGUUGUAUGAAAAUCACUUGUCUGGAAGUAUUCCUCCUGAGCUAGGAAACUUAGUUCAUUUGGAAACAUUGAGGAUAUUCAGCAAUAACUUGAACUCCACUAUUCCACCUUCCAUAUUCCAAUUGAAAUCAUUGACACAUUUAGGCCUCUCAGACAAUAACUUGGAGGGAACAAUAUCUCCUGAGAUAGGAUCUUUGAGUUCCUUAACAUACCUAACCCUGCAUCUAAAUAAGUUUACCGGCCGCAUCCCUUCAUCCAUAACAAGCUUGAAAAACUUAACAUAUCUUUCAAUGAGCCAGAAUCUUCUUUCAGGUGAAAUUCCUUCAGACAUUGGUGUGCUUCAUAAUUUGAAGUUUCUAAUCUUGGGCUUCAACCAUUUACAUGGUUCCAUCCCUCCUAGCAUUACCAGUUGUACUAGCUUGGUAAAUGUAAGCUUAGCUUUCAAUUCAUUCACUGGCAAAAUUCCUGAGGGCUUUUCUAGGAUGCCUAAUCUUACUUUCCUAUCUUUUGCCCACAACAACUUGUCCGGGGAAAUCCCGGACGACCUUUUCAACUGCUCAAACCUUCAUACACUAAGUUUGGGAGAGAACAAUAUGAGUGGAGUAAUAAAACCAGGCAUUCAAAACCUGUUUAAGGUUCAGACUCUGCAGCUGAAUGUAAAUUCCUUCAUAGGAUCAAUUCCACCAGAGAUUGGAAACUUAAGUCAGCUCAUCACUUUAACCCUUGCUGAAAACAAGUUAUCUGGUUCAAUUCCACCAGAAUUGUCCAAACUUUUUCUUCUGCAGGGGCUCUCCCUCCAUGACAAUGAGUUAGAAGGUACAAUACCUGAUACACUCUCUGGUAUCAAACCACUAACAACGCUUUUGCUGCAUAGAAACAAGUUGGUUGGUCAGAUACCAGAUUCUAUCUCACAGCUUGAUAUGCUUUCAUAUUUGGAUCUCCAUGACAACAAGCUGAAUGGUUCCAUUCCAAGAAGCAUGGGGAAGCUUAGUAAGCUUUUGAUGUUGGAUCUCUCUCACAACCACCUCACAGGAUCAAUUCCUAGUGAUGUCAUUGCACACUUCAAAGACAUGCAGAUGUAUCUCAACCUUUCUUACAACAACUUUGCUGGAAGUGUUCCAUAUGAGUUGGGCAUGUUGCAAAUGGUACAGGCCAUUGAUAUUUCAAACAAUAAUCUUUCAGGUGUCAUUCCCAAUAGAAUUUCCGGGUGCAGAAAUCUGUUCAAUCUUGAUUUUUCAGGAAACAAGAUUUCAGGUCCAAUUCCUGCAGAAGCUUUUAGUCACAUGGACUUGCUUGAAAACUUGAAUCUUUCAAGAAACCAUUUAGAUGGUAAAAUCCCUGAAGUCUUGGCACAACUUGAGCAUCUCAUUUCCAUAGAUCUUUCUCAGAAUAACUUGAAGGGAACAAUUCCUCAGGGCUUUGCCAAUCUCUCCAAGCUGAUGCAUCUCAACCUUUCUUUCAAUCAACUUGAAGGCCCUGUGCCCAUGACUGGAAUAUUUGCACAUAUCAAUGCAUCUGAUAUGAAGGGAAACCAGGAUCUUUGUGGAGCAAAAUUCUUAAGGCCAUGCAAAGAAGGUAAUAAUCAUGCUCUAUCCAAGAGGAGCAUAGCUAUUAUCGCUGCCCUUGGAUCUCUUGCAAUACUUCUACUUCUAGUGCUUGUGAUUUUGAUUCUCAAUCGAGGCAACAAACUUUGCAAUUCUAAACAAAAAGAGAAUGGUGAGAAUCAAGAACCAGAUUACAGGACAGCAUUGGCUCUUAAAAGAUUCAGUCCAAGGGAGUUAGAGAAUGCCACUGGCUUAUUCAGCACUGACAACAUCAUUGGUGCUAGCAAUUUGAGCACAGUUUACAAGGGACAACUUGAACAAGGCCAGAUUGUAGCUGUCAAAAGAUUGAACUUGCAUCAAUUCUAUGCAAACACAGAUAAGAUCUUCAAAACAGAAGCCAGCACCUUGAGCCAGCUGAGGCAUAGAAAUUUGGUGAAGGUGCUUGGUUAUGCCUGGGAGAGUGGGAAAUUGAAAGCUCUAGUUCUAGAAUACAUGGAAAAUGGGAAUUUGGAUACCAUCAUACACGACAAAUCGGUCGAUCAGUCUAGGUGGACAUUAUCUGAAAGAAUCCGUGUUCUGAUUUCUAUUGCUAGCGGAUUGGACUACUUACACUCUGGUUAUGACUUUCCCAUUGUGCACUGUGACUUAAAACCUUCUAACAUCCUUUUGGAUAGAGACUGGGAAGCUCAUGUCAGUGAUUUUGGGACAGCUCGAAUUCUUGGACUUCAUUUACAGGAUGGUAAUACCCUUUCCUCAUCUGCAGCUUUGCAAGGCACAAUUGGCUAUCUUGCACCAGAAAUUGCCUACAUAAGGAAAGUUACACCUAAAGUGGACGUGUUCGGUUUUGGCAUCAUUGUAAUGGAAUUUCUAACAAAAAGAAGGCCAACAGGACUCUCAGAAGAGGAUGAUGGCCUGCCAGUAAGUCUGCCUGAGGCAGUAGAAAAAGCCGUCGCAAACGGAAUGAAGGAGCUCAUUAAUAUUGUAGACCCUAUGCUGGCCAUGGAUGACACAAAAGGCCAUGUUGAUGCAUUGGUAGGACUCUUCAAGUUAUCCUUGUGUUGUACUCUCCCCAAUCCUGAAGAUCGACCUAACAUGAAUGAGGUGUUAUCUACUCUUAUGAAGCUUCAAACAGCAAGAUAACAAAAUUAUCUUGCUAAAUGAUACACAGAAUGAAGCUUGGUUUCUACUUUCUUGGCACCAACAAGGGGAUGUACAAAAACACAUCAACUAGUCAAGCUCUCAAUCAUAAGUAGUUUAUGCAAUUUUGCUUACACAACCAAACCAUUUCAGAGUAUACUCUAGUAUGUAACUUAUAUGCUUUUUUUUUUUUCAAAUUGUUGUUUUAUUGCAUAUUAUGUCUGGAACUUUUGGAGAUAAUCUGAUGCUGUUUCUGUCAUGGUUUAUUAUUAUUACUUCUGUUGUGGAAAUAUCAUUUUAUAAAUCUGAAUUUCUGAUGCAA